AUGGAGGUGUCAAAAACCGAAUCAGUCUACCCUACAGUAUCCGAAUUGGCCACCCUUGAAGCUCGUCAGAUGAAAUCAGCCCUGUACAGUCCAGAUGGUCAUGGCCCACCAAACACUUGUAAACUUGUGAAACAAGACACUGAUUCCAUUAUUCAUCGGCCUGCACCAUACACAAACUCCUCACAUCAUCGCCCUCAAACCUCACCGAACACAUAUGACUCUGCGUUGCGAGUCAGUCAUCAAUCCCAACAGCAAGUACCCCAUCCAUCCCCGCAUCAUCCACAAUCACAAAAUCCUUCGCACAAACCCUCGAUUAACGACCCCAUGUCCCACUCAGCACUUGUUUCUAACGGGAAUAGAACACAAUCGACUGGAAACACAGUCGUUGCUACAGGUGGAAACAGCAAUGGCGCUGGUGGUAAUGGAAAUGCUUGUUCUACAUUCAGUCUCACCUCAUCCCGAGCAGGUAAACGUCCAGCACCAAGCACACCAACUCAUUUAUCAGAAAGCCAACUGGGUGAAGAUAUGAGUAAUUCCGGCUCGGAGGGUGAAGGACAAGAUAAUUCGAGUGUGACCGAUGCUGAAGGUCGGAACGAAUUGAUUGCUCGUUACAUCUACCAACACACAGGAAAAAUUCGCAGCCGUAAACAAGUUUCCAGUCACAUACAGGUUUUAGCUCGAAGACGCUCGAAGGAAUUACAGGCCCAAAUCAAAGACCCAGAUACGAAGCAACGUACCAUAAUGCAAUUAUCUAUGUUGAGUUCUGCGCAGAUAGUUUCCGGAGGUGUGUUUGGUUCCAAGACUCUGCCCAUCGUAUCUGGAGAUUCCAACAAUUCUCUUAGUUUUCAUCGAACUUCAAACCACCCGGGGGCGCACGGACCCGGUUCCCGCCCUGUGACCGGUAAUGUUAUUUCCACUACUGGUAUUAGCAAUGGAGGUCACCUAACGGAUGCUUUGGAUACCGGCCCAUUUGGACAUGAUCGAAUCGGAUCGUAUUCACAGGCUUCAUCAUCUUUGCAUGAUAGUCAGGCCAUAAGUAGCUUGUUCCGGCAACCAAAUGGUGUUUAUUUGGACACGGAACUGAAAAGCCAACUGGCAAACGGCAUUGAUGUAUCACAAAAACCUGGUUUGCCUGCGAAUUUGUUCAUGGAAAACCGAAGUUCAGCAAAUGAAUUUUCCUCACGUACAUCCAACCGAAUUGUUCCCCCACCGCCAUUUGGUUCAAAUCAAAACGCGUUGGGACACAAUCUACUACCCGUGACUGGUGGCAUCCCCGGACCAUUGAGUGAGAUCAAGAAUAAUACGAGUGGAUCAACAACAAACCAUGGUCGUUUGAACCUCUCAUCUGAAUCGUUGGUCAACUCCUACGAAGCCCUCUCUGCACUGCGUUCCAAACAUCCAUCCAUGGCCAAUUCUACAUCAGAUAUGAUACAACUGUCCCCAUCAACAGGUUCAAUUCCAAACUAUCCUCCCUUAGCGUUCAGUUUGACUGGUGAUUCCCGUACUGUACCAGGGGGGGAUCAACGAGAACCACUGCCUCUAAAAACUAAUUCGAACUCGAACUCGGUUUCGGGAAAGCAGCUUUCUUCAGAUUCAUCUGGAUUACAACGACUAAACAGCGGUAGCUGUGGCAACAACAAUAAUUCAAAUCGCAGUCUUGCCAACGGAAACCUUAGUUCACUAUUUUAUCCCGCUUCUAACCCGGUUUCAAUGCUGGGAAACCCCAAACCUUUAUCUUCACAAUUAGGUCAACCUUCUUUGGAGGCUCUUUCCUCCUUAUCCACGGCAUCUACUUCCUCUUCAAUUUCCUCUCUUGCAUCCUUACCCCUGGUGUCAGAAGGUGGAACAACAGGUGCGGGAUGUCUAGGACAUAUUGCCUCUUCCACCAUUCACCCAUCCGUGGUCAUGGCGGUAGCUGCCUACGCAAAUCAAAACAAUGUAUCUGUAUGGCCUAAAUCCAACAACAAUGCCCCAACUGCAGCCUCUUCCUCCUCCUCGUCUUCGACACUCUUAAGUCCGACUGAUUUGACAAUAAAUGCUACGGCGCAAAAUAAAUCUGUUGGUUUGGAAGAAGUUUCCACCGGUACAGUCAAAGCAUCGGAAUUUAUCGGGGAUCGAUCGACGCCCUAUUCCUUCGCGCCUGUCUCAAUUAUAAAUAAUCACACUGUGAAUAGUAGUAAAAAGCUAGACUCCGAUGAUGGAGAAGCUUGCUCCUAUAUCUCGGUUUCUCUGGUACCCAAUUCUUCAUCAGAUGCAAAUACAGCUCUGUUACGGCCUCCAGUUUCGGAGGGGCCCAUGAGUUACGGAAUUAAGCCAGAGGGAGAAAACGGUUACCCAUCGAUGCAUUUGAACGAAGAAAUACCCAACUCCAUCCUGCAAGCCGCACAAUCUGAACAGAAGGAUUUAUCAAUGGCUGCUAUGUUUGUCCAGUUCCUCCCCCACUGGUCUGCACAUGGGUGGGCUCAAAGGUCUAUCACUGCGCCUAAAAUGCGAUUGGUAGAGAUGAGUGCCUACAUGGUUGAAACUGAAAAGUCCUCUGUGCCUGUGACCGGUGACUUACCGGCACCAUGGUUCAUCCCCAGAAAUCUUGGGUUAGUAUUCCUCAUACAGACAUGCAAACCAGUUGAGAGAAAUUAUAUGGGUUCACAGGCCAUUGGCCAGCGCAUCGAUAUAAUCGUCUGUCUGUCUGCUUACUCGCCCUAG